CUCCGGCCCUCACGACGUCAACCAAAAUUUUCUCUUCCAUAUGCUCCUUGAUUCCCGCGAUGCCAUUGCCCCCGACUGAGCAUAUGGUAUAAUGGCAUCCGCCAGUUCUCUGCGCGCCCUGCGCUCUCCCUCUGUCUUCUCUCCUCUCCUCCGCUCGCGUGCCCAUCUUGCCCCAGCUCCCCCGCGCCCCGUCCUCUCCAGCCGCCGCCAUGUCCAUCCCGGGCGAUACCAGCCUUUUGUCCCGCCCUCGCCGGCCUCCCUCGGCAAGCCCACUCCGGCCAAGACCUACACGCGCACGCGCAAAUGGCUGCGGCGUCUGGUUUACCUCUCCCUGACGACCGGGGCGAUCUACCUCAUCGACAACCAGUUCUACGCCGCCAGCCUGACGCGCACGGCGCGCACCUUCGGCCUGGGCCUCCUGGUGGCCCUGGACUACAAGAUCAACUUCCGGCCCAACCCGCCGCUGGCCCGCUCGAUCGCCGCCGUGCACACGCGCAACGCCGAGCGGCUGUCCGAGCUCCUGCGGCACAACGGCGGUCUCUACCUGAAGAUCGGCCAGGCGAUCGCCAUGCAGUCGGCCAUCCUGCCGCCCGAGUUCCAGAAGAUGUUCGCGCGCAUGUUCGACGACGCCCCGCAGAACGACUGGAAGGACGUCGAGAAGGUCAUCCGCGAGGACUUUGGCGGUCGCUCCGUCGAGGAGGUCUUUGGCGUCUCGUUCAGCGGCGAGCCCGGCAAGGGCGUCAUGGAGCGCACCGCGCGCGCCAGCGCCAGUGUGGCGCAGGUGCACUGGGCGCGUCUGGCUGACGGGCGCGAGGUGGCUAUCAAGAUUCAGAAGCGGGAGAUCGGCAAGCAGAUCAAGUGGGAUCUGUGGGCUUUCAAGGUCGUCACAUGGAUCUACAGCCGGAUGUUUGAUAUCCCGUUCUACAGUCUGGUUCCGUACGUGACCGAGCGCCUCUCCCUGGAGACGGACUUUGUCAACGAGGCGAACAAUUCGGAGACCAUGGCACGGCUGGUGGCGGGCGAGCCCCGCCUCCGCAACCGCGUGUACAUCCCCAAGGUCUACCGCGAGCUGAGCUCGCAGCGGGUGAUGACCGCCGAGUGGAUCGAGGGCGUCCGCCUCUGGGACAAGAAGUCGAUCACGCGGCCCUGGCGCGGCGGCUGGCGGCAAGGCACGCCGGGCUGCCACGGCACGCCGCUCGACCCGCCCACCCCCCAUCCGCCCCCGACAACCAACCCUCACCCCAACCCCAACCGGCCCCCCGCGCAGCUCAAGCCCGAGCGCACCCACUGGCGCGGCGGCUACAGCGACAGCGGGCUGGGCCUCUCGCUCAAGCAAGUCAUGACCACGAUGGUGGACCUCUUCUCCGCGCAGAUGUUCCUGUGGGGGUACGUGCACUGCGACCCGCACCCGGGCAACAUCUUCAUCCGCCGCACCCCGGCCGGCACCCCGGAGCUCGUCCUCAUCGACCACGGGCUGUAUAUCCACAUGGACCCGACCUUCCGCCACCAGUACGCCCGCUUCUGGAAAGCCCUGCUCACCUUCGACAACCCCACCCUGACCGAGAUCGUCACCUCGUGGGGCGUCCAGAACACCGACCUCUUCGCCUCCGCCACCCUCAUGCGCCCCUACCAGGGCGGCGACCUUUCCACCCACCGCUCCGUCUCCCGCACCUUCAGUGGCUCCGCCUCCUCCGACCCCGCCACCCGCCACUACGAGAUGCAGCAGUCCGCCCGCCGCGCCAUCCGCCAGAUCCUCGGCGACGAGGAGAAAUGGCCCCGCCCGCUCAUCUUCAUCGGCCGCAACCUCCGCAUCGUCCAGGCCAACAACCAGUACCUCGGCAGUCCCGUCAAUCGCAUCAAAAUCACGGGUACCUGGGCCUCGCGCGCCCUCGCCGAGACCUCCUCGCAGGGUCUGUGGAGCCAUGUGCUCUUCCGCAUGGUGCUGUUCGGCACGGACCUGUGGUUCUGGUUCACGAAGGUUAAACAGUUUCUGCGGCUGGGCGGCGGCAUGGAGGAUGAGAUUGAGGUGCAGAUGCGUGGUAUGGCGAGGGAUAUGGGGGUGGAGUUGGGAAAUGAGGUGAAUCUUUUUGAAGGAUAGCCUUGGGGGAGAGCUUGGAGUAGCUUUGGGAGGAGCUUGGGGGUAGUAUUGUAGAGAAGAAAUUGGGAGGUGUUGGGGGAGUGGGGGGCAAGGGCUGAGGAAUCUGAGCGUUGAAGGUUGGGGCUUUUCCCGAAGCUUGUCAGUGACAGGCAGCUUAUGCUGGGUUGGUCAUAGUGUGGUGUGGUUUGGACUACCUCCAGGCAGGAUCGGACUCUGAUACACCAGCAGAUGGGAGGGAGGGAUACAUA